AGAUGCCCAAGAAAAAGACUGGACAGAGGAAAAAAGCCGAAAAGCAAAAGCUUCGCCUUAAGGAGAUUCGAAGCCGUGAAGUGCCCUUGGCCGAUUUCCCCUGCAAUGCGCCAAUGGAAUGCGAUAAAUGCGAAAGAAAGCAGAAAUCUCGAGCAUUUUGUUACUUUUGCCAAAGUAUGCAACGUCUUCCGAUUUGUGCUCAAUGUGGCAAAGUGAAAUGUAUGCUCAAGACGGGUGACUGUGUCAUCAAACAUGCCGGAGUGUUUACCACCGGUAUGGGAAUGGUGGGAGCCAUAUGCGAUUUUUGUGAAGCUUGGGUGUGCCAUGGACGUAAAUGUUUGCAGACACAUGCCUGCAGUUGUCCCCUGCAGAAUGCCGUUUGUUUGGAGUGCGAGAGAGGUGUAUGGGACCAUGGUGGUCGUAUAUUUAAGUGCUCCUUUUGCAAUGGCUUCCUUUGCGAAGAUGACCAAUUUGAACAUCAAGCUUCGUGUCAGGUGUUGGAAAGUGAGAACUUCAAGUGUCAAUCUUGCAAUCGUUUGGGCCAAUACUCAUGCUUGCGUUGCAAGACAUGCUACUGUGAGGAUCAUGUACGGCGCAAGGGCUUCAAAUAUGAAAAGAACAAGGCUAUACCUUGUCCCAAGUGCAAUUAUGAGACAUCGGUUACAAAGGAUUUGAGUAUGUCGACCAGAUCGCAUAAGUUUGGUCGCCAACAACAAGGCGGUGCAAUGGAUAGUGAUGAUGAAUACGGUGGCGGCUAUGGUGGUUAUUAUGGUGGCUACUCAGGUGCCGGAGCUGGAACAUCUAGUUAUGGUGCCGAAGACUAUGAUGAUGAUGAAGACGACGAUGACGAAGAUGAAGACGAUGAUUACGAAGAUGAUGAUUCUGAGGAAGAAUCGGAGGAGGAAAAUGAAACGGAUGCUAGUGAGGAGGAUAAAAAGGAUGAUAAAGCCAAAUCAAAAUAG